AAGGUUUUCACUUUUCUCAAUUUUUUUUCAUUUCAACUCAAAUUAUUGAAUAAUUAUUCGAAGAAUUUUCUCUCGCAGAUGCAAAAUCUCUGAUGCAUCAACGUAUUGUAUUAUCCAGUUAUCGGGUACUUCAAUUUUCUUCAUUUUUUUCUGCAAAAAUCAAUGCUUUAUUUAUCCCUGAAUUGAGUAUUUGUAACCCUAGAAAUAAUGGUUUUACUGUAUUUCGUGCAUUUAUGUAUACUUCAACACACUCUAAUAGGAGAGCACCGGACCCGAAUGAUCCGGCCACCUUGAUGAAAGAAGAUAGUAUAUCACUUUGUUGUAAAAUGUGGAUUGAUAGUUUUCGAGAAUCUGAUAAGACAGUGAAUAAUUUAACUGAUUAUUUAAGGAGAUUUGAGUUGUGGGUAUUAGCUUAUCAAAAAGUUUCUGCUGAUGAUACGGGUGCGUAUAUGCCUCGUAAUGCGAUUACUCGGCCAGCACUUGAGGAUUUGUUGGCUUUGAGAAAUGCUGUUUUAGAUAAUAGAUUUAAGUGGGGAGCUAGGUUGGAGUUUUUUAUUAAAUCUCCUAGGGAUAAAACGGAUUAUGAGUCGUUGUCGAAGAGGAAGAUCAAAGCUAUCUUGACUACAACACAGCCAAGUGCGUUUCAGGAUAGGAUUGUGCAGGAAGUGUUGUUUAUGAUAUUGGAGCCGGUUUAUGAGGCUCGGUUUUCGCAGAAGUCGUUUGCUUUUCGACCUGGAAGGACUGCACAUACAGCGUUGAGGGUUAUUAGGAGAAGCUUUGCAGGGUAUUUGUGGUAUAUAAAAGGGGAUUUAAGUACAGUUUUGGAUGGAAUGAAGGUUGGGAUGGUCAUUAGUGCUUUAAUGAGGGAUGUUAGAGAUAAGAAGGUAGUUGAUUUGAUAAAGGCUGCUUUAACUACUCCUGUGGUAACUACUAGACCUGAUGAUGUUGAGAAAAAGAAGAAGACGAAAAGAAAGUAUCAGAAGAAGAGAGUCUUAGCAGAUGAUGAGCCUAAGCCUGAUCCAUACUGGCUGGAAUCGUUCUUUGGGUUUGCUCCAGAGGAGGCUGAGAAAGUUCCUUCAUGGGGGCAUUGUGGUAUACUUAGUCCACUUCUGGCUAAUGUUUGCCUUGAUGAGUUGGACCGCUGGAUGGAAGGUAAGAUUCAAGAGUUUUAUCGGCCUUCGAAGAAUGAUGUCAUUUGGAAUAGUCCUGAUGGGGAAGUAGAACAAGGAAAUACUUCUUGGCCCGAAUUUGUUCCUACCAGUGGACCUGACAAGACCAGGAAGAUUGAUUACAUCCGUUUUGGUGGUCACAUUCUAAUAGGGGUAAGGGGACCAAGAGCAGAUGCUGCAACGCUAAGAAAGCAGUUGAUUGAGUUCUGUGAUCAGAAAUAUAUGCUCAAGCUUGACAAUGAGAGCCUUCCUAUUGAACACAUAACAAAAGGUAUUAUGUUUCUUGAUCAUGUAUUGUGCCGUAGAGUAGUAUAUCCCACACUCCGAUAUACUGCUACUGGUGGGAAAAUCAUUAGUGAAAAAGGUGUAGGGACACUGUUGUCUGUCACAGCUAGCCUGAAACAAUGUAUUAGACAAUUUAGAAAGUUGAACUUUCUCAAGGGAGACAGGGAUCCAGAUCCACAGCCGUGUUUUAGAAUGUUUCAUGCAACUCAAGCCCAUACAAAUGCUCAGAUGAAUAAGCUUUUGUCAACAAUGGUGGAAUGGUUCAGGUAUGCUGAUAAUAGAAAAAAGAUUGUUAAUUUUUGUUCUUAUAUCAUUAGGGGUUCACUUGCUAAGCUCUAUGCUGCAAAAUACAAGCUUCGGUCACGAGCAAAGGUUUACAAGAUUGGUUCUAGGACUCUUAGUCGUCCUCUGAAGGAGAAAAAGGGACAGUCUCCAGAAUACCAUAACUUGCUGAGGAUGGGUCUGGUGGAAUCAAUUGAUGGGCUCAUGUACACCCGCAUGUCCCUGGUACCAGAAACUGAUUACACCCCCUUUCCAGUGGCUUGGAGGCCCGAUCAUGAGAAGGCACUGCUGGAGUAUAUAAGGUUGAGUGACCAGAAAACUUUGGAGGAGCAACAGAACUGUCUAAAAGAACAAGGUUUGAUCUCACCUCAGGAUUACAUUUCAAUGCUCGUUUGGAACUACAAAAGAAAUGCUGUUCCAGUAGAUCAGAAAAGUUUGUUACUAGGCACAGGUGAGGAAAAAGAUAAUGAAGGAAAUGAAAGUGAUGAUGAUGAAGAAGGGGUUCAUGCAGCAGAAAUUUAAGCAAGAUUAACACUUUUGAAACUCUUGCUGGCACUACCUUUUCUGAAAGAAAAGCAAACUUUUUAUGGUGCUUAACGUACUUCUGUUACCAAGAAGGGUGUAGCAGCUUCUGUGUAAGUACCCCUUUUCCAGUUGCAGCCUGGUCCAUGAGAAGGCAUUGCUAGGGUAUAUAAAGCUGAGUGACUGGAAAUCAUUGGAGCAACAGAACUACCUUAAAAAACAUGGUCUUACAUCAUGUCAGGAUGAUAAUAGGAGAAAUGAACGUGAUGAAGAAGGGGUUUAUGCAGUAGAAGUUUAAGCCAGAUUAGUGCUAUUGGAGGUCCUUCAGGCUUUUGUUCUUCCUAAACCUAAAGAAAAUCACAUUUUACAUUUUAUGGUACUAAAGUUACUUGUAUUGCCAAGAAGAGUGUAGCAGCUUGUAUGUAAGUAUCCAAUUUUAUAAAAUGAGAUAGUUCCUCAGUAUUCCGUCA